AUGGUGCCGCAACUCCUAAAACACGUGCUGCUCGCACUGGCUGUCUCCCGCGCCUAUGCCGACCUCACCACUGGCGUGCCCGACUCCGCCCCCGCUGGCUACGAGGAGUGGACCUCCCCGAUCGUCGUACCCGCGCCCGACGUAAAAGGCAGCGCGGACUGGGCCCCCUUCGUCGCCCGCGCUCGCAAAUUCACCGCCCAGCUCACCAUUGAGGAGAAGGUCAACGUAACGACCGGCGUGGACGUCAAUGGGCGCUGCGUCGGCAACACCGGAACCCUCCCUCGCUUCAAAUGGGCCGGGCUCUGUCUAGAGGACUCCCCACUCGGUGUCCGUUUCGCAGACUUCGCCUCUGCUUUCCCCGCGAGCAUCAACGCGGCAGCGACAUGGGACGUCGACCUCAUCAAAGCCCGCGGAGUAGCCAUGGCCCAAGAACACCGAGGAAAGGGCGUCAACGUGGCGCUCGGGCCGAUGACCAACCUCGGCCGACAAGCCGCCGCAGGCCGCCAAUGGGAGGGCUUCGGCUCGGACCCCUUCCUCGCGGGUGUCGCGACCGCCGUCACGAUCGAGGGCAUGCAGAGUGUCGGUGUCAUCGCCACCGUCAAGCAUUUCAUCGCCAACGAGCAAGAGCACUUCCGUGGCGGCUCGGAGAGCUUCCCGAUUGCGUCGAGUAACUUGGACGACAAGACGAUGCACGAGGUGUACCUGUGGCCGUUCGCGGAGGCCGUCAAAGUCGGCGUGGGCAGUGUCAUGUGCUCAUAUAACCUCGUCAACCAGACGCAGGCCUGCCAGAACUCGAAACUCAUCAACGGCAUCCUCAAGGAGGAACUCGGCUUCCAGGGCUUCAUCAUGUCCGACUGGGCCGCGAUGAUCAACGGUGUCCAGCCCGCGCUCGCCGGGCUCGACAUGAACAUGCCUGGCUUCGUUGGAUACGGAAUCGGCGACCAGAACCAGCCCGACCCGAGCAAGGCGACCAACUCGUGGUGGGGCGUCGAGCUGAUCAACAUGAUCAGGAACGGCAGCGUGCCUGAAUCGCGCAUCGACGACAUGGUAACCCGCAUCUUCGCGACGUGGUACAAGCUCGGCCAGGACCGCGGCUAUCCCGAAGUCUCGUUCUCGCAGCUCACCCAGGACACCUACCUCAACGGCGAGCUCGUCAACAAGCACAUCAACGUCCAGGCCGACCACUACAAGCUCAUCCGCCAAAUCGGCGCUGCGAGCACGGUCCUCCUGAAGAACACCAAGAACGCGCUGCCUCUUAGCGUGCGCAAGCUCAAGCGCGUUGGAAUCUUCGGCUCCGACGCCGCUCCUCACCCGGCGGGGCCGAAUGCUUGCAGCGACGGGCAGAACGACAAGGGCUGCAACGAAGGCACUCUGGCGAUGGGCUGGGGCUCCGGCACCGCCAAUUUCCCCUACCUCGUCGACCCCUUCGCCGCCAUUUCGGCGCACAUCCGCUCGAUCAACCCCACCGUCGUCGUCGAGGGCGUGCUGUCCGACUACGCCUACAAUGCGAUGGCCCCUGUUGCGCGCAACUCGGACGCGUGCCUUGUCUUUGUCAACGCGGACUCGGGCGAGGGCUACAUCAAUGUCGGCGGCAACCAAGGUGACCGGAACAACAUCACCCUCUGGCACGGCGGGGAGGCGCUCAUCGCCAACGUCGCUGGCCAGUGCGCCAACACCAUUGUCGUACAACACGCUGUCGGUGCGGUCACCGUGGAGGACUGGAUCGACCACCCGAACGUGACCGCCGUCCUCCAAGCUGGCCUUCCUGGUCAAGAGAGCGGCAACGCAAUUGUUGAUGUCUUGUUCAGCGACAGCCCGCAGGCGACGAACCCGAGCGCCAAGCUUGUGUACACCAUUGCGAAGAAGCGGGAGGACUACGCUGCGGAAGUCUUGUACACCAACAAUGUCCCGAACAACGGCAACCCGCAGCUCACGUACGACGAGGGGGUCAACAUCGACUACCGCUGGUUCGACGUCAAGGGCAUCAAGCCGCGCUUCGAGUUUGGGUUCGGGCUGAGCUACACCACGUUUGGCUACAGCGGCCUGCGUGUUUCGGGCCAUAAGCGCCGCGCUGAGGCGGUUUCCCGUCCGUCGUCGUCUUCUGCCCCGGUUAUCUCGAGCAAGCCGUCUGCGUCCCCGGUGUCCUCCGCACCGGCCGUCUCUUCCCGCCCCGCCAACGCGUCCUCCAUCGCCGUUUCCGUCUCUGCCUCCGCCUCGGCGUCCUCCUCCGUCCGCCCCUCCUCAACCGCAUCCGCGCCCUCUGCCGGCUCGUCCCCCGUCGGCGAUAUCGGCGGCCCAGCCGCGCUCUAUGCGCCGUUUGGCUCGGUCUCCUUCACCCUCAAAAACACCGGCCGCGUCGCCGGCGCCGAAGUCGCACAACUGUACCUCACAUUCCCCGCUGCCUACAACGAGCCGCCCAGACUGCUCCGCGGGUUUUCGCGGGUGUUCCUCGGUGCGGGCCAGAGCAAGGGCGUGAGCAUCCCGCUGCGGGUCAAGGACCUCAGCGUCUGGGACGUCGUCGCGCAGAAGUGGGUGCUCGUGAAGGGUGAGGUCGGCGUCGCGGUCGGCGCGAGCUCGCGGGAUAUCAGGUUGACGGGCAAGAUGCAGCUGUAG